AGAAGGAAAAGGAAACAUCCGAAGCAUCUGCAUGCCAGAGUCUAUAAAAGACUCUUUGGAGUGCUGUGCCCAGUCUUGACAGAAAAUUUCAAGGACCCUGCUGACAGUGCCUGCUGUCAAAGUGCAGCGAUGUCGGCUCCAGACGCGGACAUGGCCGCCUUUGGGGAGGCGGCUCCUUACCUCCGAAAAUCGGAGAAGGAGAGAAUCGAGGCCCAGAACAAGCCUUUCGAUGCCAAGACAUCCGUCUUUGUGGUACAUGCAAAGGAAUCCUAUGUGAAAGGGAAAAUUGAGAGUAAGGAUGCAGGCAAGGUCACUGUCAAGACUGAAGGGGGAGAGACCCUGACCGUGAAGGAAGAUCAAAUCUUCUCCAUGAACCCUCCCAAGUACGACAAAAUCGAGGACAUGGCCAUGAUGACCCACCUCCACGAACCCGCUGUGCUGUACAACCUCAAAGAGCGUUACGCAGCCUGGAUGAUCUACACCUACUCGGGUCUCUUCUGCGUCACUGUCAACCCCUACAAGUGGCUGCCCGUGUACAACCCGGAGGUGGUGUUGGCCUACCGAGGCAAGAAGCGCCAGGAGGCCCCUCCACACAUCUUCUCCAUCUCUGACAAUGCCUAUCAGUUCAUGCUGACUGAUCGGGAGAACCAGUCCAUCCUGAUCACCGGAGAAUCCGGUGCCGGGAAGACUGUGAACACAAAGCGUGUCAUCCAGUACUUUGCAACAAUUGCAGCCAGCGGGGACAAGAAGAAGGAGGAGCAGACAUCAGGCAAAAUGCAGGGGACGCUUGAGGAUCAAAUCAUCAGCGCCAACCCACUGCUGGAGGCCUUUGGAAACGCCAAGACCGUGAGGAACGACAACUCCUCGCGCUUUGGCAAAUUCAUCAGAAUCCACUUUGGGGCCACAGGCAAACUGGCUUCUGCUGAUAUUGAAACUUAUCUGCUGGAGAAGUCCAGAGUCACUUUCCAGCUCAAGGCGGAAAGAAGCUACCACAUCUUUUAUCAGAUCAUGUCCAACAAGAAGCCAGAGCUAAUUGACAUGCUCCUCAUCACCACCAACCCUUAUGAUUUCCACUAUGUGAGUCAAGGGGAGGUCACUGUUCCCAGCAUUGAUGACCAGGAGGAGCUGAUGGCAACAGAUAGUGCCAUUGACAUCCUGGGUUUUACUCCUGAUGAGAAAACAGCCAUCUACAAGCUGACAGGGGCUGUCAUGCACUACGGGAACUUGAAGUUCAAGCAGAAACAACGAGAGGAGCAGGCAGAGCCUGAUGGCACAGAAGUGGCUGACAAGGCUGCCUACCUGACGGGCCUUAACUCAGCUGAAUUUCUGAAGGCCUUGUGUUAUCCCCGAGUCAAGGUUGGGAAUGAGUAUGUGACCAAAGGUCAAAAUGUGACACAGGUGAACAAUUCAGUGGGUGCCCUGGCAAAGGCUAUGUUUGAGAAGAUGUUCCUGUGGAUGGUUGUUCGCAUCAACCAACAGCUGGACACAAAGCAGCCCAGGCAGUACUUCAUUGGUGUGCUGGACAUUGCUGGCUUCGAGAUCUUUGAUUUCAACAGCUUUGAGCAACUGUGCAUCAACUUCACCAAUGAGAAACUGCAACAGUUCUUCAACCACCACAUGUUCGUGCUGGAGCAGGAGGAGUACAAGAAGGAGGGAAUUGAGUGGGAGUUCAUUGACUUUGGGAUGGACCUGGCUGCCUGCAUUGAGCUCAUUGAGAAGCCCAUGGGCAUCUUCUCCAUCCUGGAAGAGGAGUGCAUGUUCCCCAAGGCAACUGACACCUCUUUCAAGAACAAGCUCUAUGACCAGCACCUGGGCAAGUCCAACAACUUCCAGAAGCCUAAGCCUGCCAAAGGCAAGGCUGAGGCCCACUUCUCCCUGGUGCACUACGCUGGCACAGUGGACUACAACAUCACUGGGUGGCUGGAGAAGAACAAGGACCCCCUGAACGAAACUGUCAUUGGGCUGUACCAGAAAUCAUCUGUCAAGACCUUGGCCUUACUCUUUGCCAGCUAUGGUGGAGCAGAUGCAGACAGUGGUGGUGGUGGUGGCAAGAAAGGAGGCAAGAAGAAGGGUUCUUCUUUCCAGACUGUCUCAGCUCUUUUCAGGGAGAAUUUAAACAAGCUGAUGGCCAACCUGAGGAGCACCCACCCUCACUUUGUACGGUGCAUCAUCCCAAAUGAAACAAAAACACCUGGUGCCAUGGAGCACGAGCUGGUGCUGCACCAGCUGCGCUGUAACGGCGUGUUGGAAGGGAUCAGGAUCUGCAGGAAAGGGUUCCCCAGCAGAGUCCUCUAUGCUGACUUCAAACAGAGAUACAGAGUACUCAAUGCCAGUGCUAUCCCAGAGGGUCAGUUCAUGGACAACAAGAAGGCUUCUGAGAAGCUCCUUGGGUCCAUUGAUGUGGACCACACCCAGUACAAAUUUGGUCACACCAAGGUGUUCUUCAAAGCUGGGCUGCUGGGACUUCUGGAGGAGAUGAGAGAUGACAAGUUGGCAGANGAGUUUGAGAAAACCAAGGAAGAGCUUGCAAAGUCUGAGGCAAAGCGGAAGGAACUGGAGGAGAAAAUGGUAGCACUGGUGCAGGAGAAAAAUGACCUGCAGCUCCAAGUGCAGGCUGAAGCAGAUAGCCUGGCUGAUGCUGAGGAAAGGUGUGACCAGCUCAUCAAAAACAAAAUCCAGCUGGAAGCCAAAAUUAAGGAACUGACUGAAAGGGCUGAGGAUGAGGAGGAAAUCAAUGCUGAGCUGACAGCCAAGAAGAGAAAACUGGAGGAUGAAUGUUCAGAGCUGAAGAAAGAUAUUGAUGACCUUGAGCUAACACUGGCCAAGGUGGAGAAGGAAAAGCACGCCACUGAAAACAAGAACCUGCAGCGCGUCAAGCAGAAGCUGGAGAAGGAGAAGAGCGAGCUCAAGAUGGAGAUUGAUGACUUGGCCAGUAACAUGGAGUCUGUCUCCAAAGCCAAGGCAAACCUGGAGAAGAUGUGUCGCACACUGGAAGAUCAGCUGAGUGAGUUAAAAACGAAGGAGGAGCAGAAUCAGCGCAUGAUCAAUGACCUCAAUACUCAAAGAGCUCGUCUGCAGACAGAGUCAGGUGAAUAUUCCCGCCAGGUGGAGGAAAAAGAUGCUCUGAUUUCUCAGCUGUCUAGGGGCAAGCAAGGAUUUACCCAACAGAUUGAGGAACUCAAGAGGCAUCUAGAGGAAGAAAUCAAGGCCAAGAACGCCCUGGCCCACGCCCUGCAGUCCGCUCGCCACGACUGUGACUUGCUCCGGGAACAAUAUGAGGAGGAGCAGGAAGCCAAGGGGGAGCUGCAGCGCGCCCUGUCCAAGGCCAACAGNGUGCAGAAUGAAGUGGAGGACCUGAUGAUUGAUGUGGAGCGAUCCAAUGCUGCCUGCGCUGCUCUGGACAAGAAGCAGAAGAACUUUGACAAGAUCCUGGCAGAAUGGAAGCAGAAGUAUGAGGAAACGCAGGCUGAGCUGGAGGCCUCCCAGAAGGAGUCUCGCUCCCUCAGCACGGAGCUGUUUAAGAUGAAGAAUGCCUAUGAGGAGUCCUUGGACCACCUGGAAACAAUGAAGCGGGAGAACAAGAACUUGCAGCAGGAGAUUUCCGACCUCACGGAGCAGAUUGCGGAGGGAGGAAAGGCAAUUCAUGAGCUGGAGAAAGUCAAGAAGCAAGUUGAGCAGGAGAAAUCUGAACUGCAAGCCUCCCUGGAGGAAGCUGAGGCCUCUCUGGAACACGAAGAGGGGAAGAUCCUGCGCCUGCAGCUGGAGCUCAACCAGGUGAAGUCUGAGAUUGACAGGAAGAUAGCAGAGAAAGAUGAGGAGAUUGACCAGCUGAAGAGGAACCACCUCCGAGUUGUAGACUCCAUGCAAAGCACCCUGGAUGCUGAGAUCAGGAGCAGGAAUGAAGCCCUGAGGCUGAAGAAGAAGAUGGAGGGAGACCUGAAUGAAAUGGAGAUCCAGCUCAGCCAUGCCAACCGCCAGGCUGCCGAGGCACAAAAGAACCUGAGAAACACGCAGGCUGUGCUCAAGGACACCCAGCUACACUUGGACGAUGCUCUCAGGACCCAGGAUGACCUGAAGGAGCAGGUGGCCAUGGUGGAGCGCAGAGCAAACCUGCUGCAGGCUGAAGUUGAGGAGCUACGGGCAGCCCUGGAGCAGACGGAGCGGUCGAGGAAACUGGCUGAGCAGGAGCUCCUGGAUGCCACUGAACGUGCACAGCUCCUCCACACCCAGAACACCAGCUUGAUCAACACCAAGAAGAAGCUGGAGACAGACAUUUCUCAGAUUCAGAGCGAAAUGGAGGAUACGAUCCAGGAGGCCCGCAAUGCUGAAGAGAAGGCCAAGAAGGCCAUCACAGAUGCGGCCAUGAUGGCAGAAGAACUGAAGAAGGAGCAGGACACCAGUGCCCACCUGGAGAGGAUGAAGAAGAACCUGGACCAGACGGUGAAGGAUCUGCAGCUUCGUCUGGAAGAGGCCGAGCAGUUGGCCCUGAAGGGAGGCAAGAAGCAAAUCCAGAAGCUGGAGGCCAGGGUGCGGGAGCUGGAAGGGGAGGUUGAUGCUGAGCAGAAGCGCAGCGCUGAAGCCGUGAAGGGUGUGCGCAAGUACGAGAGGAGGGUGAAGGAACUCACCUACCAGUCUGAGGAAGACAGGAAGAAUAUUCUCAGGCUGCAGGAUCUGGUGGACAAGCUGCAAAUGAAGGUGAAAUCCUACAAGAGACAGGCUGAGGAAGCUGAGGAGCUCUCCAAUGUCAACCUCUCCAAGUUCCGCAAGAUUCAGCACGAGCUGGAGGAAGCCGAGGAACGAGCUGACAUUGCAGAGUCACAGGUCAACAAGCUCCGAGUGAAGAGUCGGGAGUUUCACAGCAAGAAAAUAGGAGAGGAAGAGUGAGGAUGCCACGAGGCAGCAAAGUGACCUGAGGGCCGCAAAAAUAUGAACCCUUUGUCACUUCCUUCUGCCAUGAGUCUUUAUAACCAUGUCAUAUGUAGAGAUUAAAGGCCAUAGAUUCUUUUGCAUGCACAUCCAAGCACUGCUUUCUGUAGUUACAAUUUAAUUCUAAAGUUAUUUAAGUAUUGAUUGUUUUCAAACAAUUAAUUUUCAGGAAUAAGCCCCUGAAUUUUCUGGAGUAAGAUUCAGAAGGUCCAGUACUGCUACUACGGUAACAGUUAUCGACAUGAGAGCAAACAAAAUUUUUUGCACUGCAUUAGUGUUUCCUAGCAAUGGAAUUGUGAUUUGAAGCUAGAAUAAAUAAAUAUUAAAUAAAUAAAGUUCUAUAAGAAGAGUAA